CUACAUUUGGUCUUGGCAUGCAUUCCCAUUGAUAUUCUUGUCCUUCCUCGACCAUUCAGUGUCUCUGGUCAGUAUCAACACGCACCAUGUGCUGCCGAUUGAGGAAGAUUUCUCUAGUUGACUUUCGUUCCAUUCGUUUGGACCCAUCCGUGGGUUGCCUCUCUUCUCUUUUCUUUGCUUUUCCUUUUUUUUACUUCGCAUUUCGCGCUAUUUAUUCACACCUUUCCUUUUUCUCCUUGAGCAGGCCUUGCUAGCUGCUCCACAUUUUGGGUCACCGGGUUGAGUGGCUCUCGCUUGACU